UCGUCAGACGCAUCUGCAACGUUUACGGUGGCAAGUGAUUCGACAGUGGCCAAUUUCCUACAUCAAAAACCUGUCCACUGAUUUUGUGUGAGGUGAAAAUUUGUCGUCAUGAUACUGCAAAACCAUCUCGAGCGUGGUGCUCGCGUAAAAGUGGGCCAGUUUUUUGGCACCGUGCGAUACGUGGGCGAGGUACCGAACACGGAAGGUGAAUGGAUCGGUAUCGAGUGGGACGAUCCUGUCCGGGGCAAACAUUCGGGCACCAUCAACGGGGUGCAGUAUUUCCAAACAAGAGCACCGAACGCUGGUUCGAUGAUACGCAGCGAGAAGCUGACCAAGUUCCAAACACUACAGCAAGCCAUCACAGAGAAGUACAUCGUUACCGAGGACACGCUGCAGCUCGAUUCGGAGAUGAUACAGGCGGUGCAAAAGCAACUGCACGCGUCCCUGUUCGAGAUCGUUGGGAUGGAAAAGAUCGGGGGAAAGCAGAGUAAUCUGCAGCAUUUGGUGGACGUAUCGGUACGCUAUUGCCCCGUGAGCGCGGCCGGAGACUUGAGCAGUCUCGUAAAUUUAGAGAUGCUGGAUGUAUCCUCGACGUUGCUCUGGAACUGGUCGGUCGUGGGCAACAUUGCCGAGCAGAUUCCGACACUGAGGGAGCUGAACCUUUCCAAUAACCGGUUUGUGGAUCCGUACGAGGAACAGAUCAGCGUGUUGGCUCAAAAGUUUGUAAACAUUCGUACGAUAAUCCUGAAAAAUUGCAGUAUCGGCUCGUGGACCGAGCUGGUCCGGCUCGCCCGCAUGUGGCCCGGUAUUGAGAACCUGCUGCUCGAGCAGAACGACAUUCGCUACAUCGAGGACGAGGCGCCGUACAUUGUCGCACUCAGCCGACUGAAGCAUCUCGACCUCCAAGGCAAUGCCGUGCGGGAUCCCGACUCGGUCCGCAAUCUGGGCCGACUGCCCGCACUGGAGGAACUGGUGCUGACCGGAAACGGCAUCCGGGAGCUAACGUUCUCCGAAGACUGUCCACACAACGAGAAGGUGGACCUGUUCCGCAACCUGCGCACCAUCUACCUGCGGGACAAUCCGCUCCAAGAUCAAUGCCACGUAUUCAACGAGCUGGACAAACUGGCCCACCUCGAGCACGUCAUGGUCGAUCCGGAUCCGUCGGUCAGCUACGAGGAAACGGUGGCGCGCAUUGUCGGUUCGAUCGCCGGACUGCGGAUGUUCAACCGGUCGACGAUCAGCGAGAAGCUACGCCGUGAUUCCGAGUGCGACAUGUGGAAACUGUACGCGCACCAGUGGGUGGAGGUGCGCAAUGAUGCGCAACAGCUGAAGGCGUUCUUCAAGUCGCAUCGAAUGUAUCCGCGCGUGAUGGAGCGGUUGGGUAGCCCGGAGCAGUUUCUGCCGGACACGCGCAAGGUUUCCAACAUGAUCCGCCUGCAGCUACUGAACGAGCUGACGGGGGAGCUGCGCGAGAAGAAGGUCCCGAAGCGCAUCAUCCUGCACACACUGCAGAAUCUCAUCGUAAAGCUGUUCGGGCUGCCGGAGGGCAACUCGGCCCUGCGGCUGUACCUGCUCGAUCGGAAGCGCAAAGUGCGCAUACCGCUCGAAAACCACGGCCGUAGCUUGGACUUUUAUUCCGUCGAAGAUACCGACACCAUUGUGUUCGAAUGAUUUCCAUUGCUGAUGUCCUUUGGUGAGGAAUCACAUACGGAUCUUUGAUUGAUAUUUAAAAACAAAAAUCGUGAUGUACUGCUACGCGGAACGUAACAUAUUUUUUAUUUUGUUGUACGUCCAAAUCUAGAGAAAAUGCGUUAAAGAGAUAGAAUGCUUCGCUUCUAUCGUGUGGCAGGUCCCCCACGAGUCUAUUUAGUCGUUUUUUGAUCUAUUUUUCUAUACUCUCUACACGACUAAUCCCGUACUGUUAAACACCUUUUGUUUUGCGUCCCCACAAGAACCUGCGUGUUCCAGUUACUGUAGACGAAAAAGAUAAACGUUUUUUUAUUUAACUCAAAUAAAAAGCACACAGCGGACACUCGUUCAGUGUGUCCUGUGGGUUUGAAAUGAAA